ACAAACAAAAGAAAAGGAAAAAAUAUUCUAGAAGCAUCUUAUCUUUUGCAGAAAACCCCUCCUCUUGAACCUUCUAGGGUUUUGUUAUCCUCUUCUUACCUACUCUCUCUAUAUUUCCACCAAUCCAACACCACACACACACACUCACUACUCCACUUGAGCAACCAAAAAAAAACUUCUUUUUGACUCCUAAUUCAGGAUUAUAAAGAAAUGGCAACCACUCAGUUGACAGCAUCAUCUAUUUCUGGGAAUGGAUUUGCAUCAUUUGAAGGGCUUAGGUCUAGUGGUUUUGUAAAGGUUGCAUCUUUUGCUACUUUGAAGCAGAAUAACAGGUCUUUUCGUGGUCUUUUUGUCAAGGCUGCAACUACUGUCGCUCCUAAGUACACUUCGCUUAAGCCUUUGGGCGACAGAGUGUUGGUAAAGAUUAAGACCGCGGAGGAGAAGAGUGUAGGUGGUAUCCUACUUCCAGUAUCAGCCCAGUCGAAACCAAAUGGAGGUGAGGUGGUUGCUGUUGGGGAGGGUCAUUCAGCUGGCAAGACUAAAGUGGACAUUAGCGUGAAGACUGGUGCCCAAGUCAUCUACUCAAAGUACGCGGGAACAGAGGUAGAGUUUGAUGGAUCAAAGCACCUCAUUCUCAAAGAGGAUGAUAUUGUUGGUGUUCUUGAGACAGAUGAUGUCAAGGAUCUCCAGCCAUUGAAUGACAGAGUCUUAAUCAAGGUUGACGUGGCUGAAGAAAAAACCGCUGGAGGCUUACUGUUGACUGAGGCAGCAAAGGAGAAGCCUUCAAUUGGAACGAUUAUAGCGGUUGGACCUGGUUCUCUUGAUGAGGAAGGCACCAGGAAACCACUUCCAGUAUCCCAAGGAAAUACAGUUCUCUACUCCAAAUACGCGGGCAAUGAAUUCAAAGGUGCUGAUGGUUCUGAUUACAUUGUGCUCAGGGCGUCCGAUGUAAUGGCUGUGCUAUCUUAGUUGGACUAUCAAGUUGUUCCGUGCCAAAAUUCUCAGUAAGAUCUAGGAAGGAGGAAGCUGCAUUUAACUGAGUCGGGAGCAAAGCGCUCUACAAAUUAAUGAUUAAUUUUAAGUGUAGAAUAAUUUUCUGAACGCAUUUCUGUUCUUGAUUUAAGGAAUUACCCUUUUGGGAA